AUGAUGGUAGAGACCAUCUUGGAGUCCUCGCAGGACUUUGGCAUGUCAAGCGGACCUCUGCCCCAGUGGAAGCGCGAGCUCUUGCAGCGCCGUGCCGCACGCUCUCGUCCUCCACAAGUUCCACCUCCCGCCCCGCCGCUGCCGCUCACGCCACCGCCUCCGCCGCCGCCCGCUGACGAAGACGAGGAGCUCCGCUACGGGCCUGGCAUCGUUAAGAGGCUCAAGUCGCGCUAUCUGAGUCUUGCUCUACGGGAAGCACCGCGCCGCCGCCCUUCAGUGCUUCGCCGAGCCGCCUCGCUCGAGCACCUGCUAGAUGAACGGCUACCACCUCCCCCGGCGCCUGCGCCGCGCACCUCCGCUCGACCCGCGCGUCCCGUGUCUCUCGCCGCACCCCCUAGAACCUCUGCAGCACCGGUUCGUCGCGAUUCUGUUAAACGCGCCCGCUCGGUGGACGCACUGAGUCGCCUAGACGAGCCUGUCGCGACUCCAUCGCCUCCUCCUCUGCCUAGACCGCCUCGGCGUCCGGCACCUCUCCUCCGAGAUGCAGAACGCCCUCCACCAGACGUCGUCCGCUCGACGCUGCGCAAAUUUGAAUCGACCCCUGUGCGACGAACCGCGCCCGCCGGCCGAGUCUCAUCCGUACUCCGCGGACUUGAGGCGCCUCCCCGCAGUUCCACGCCAGAGCCCAGGGGUCGGUCGCCGAGUCCCGCCGCUGCCGACAUUUCCGCCAUUGAUGAGCCAGAAGGCGCCAAUUUGUCUGUUCGAACGAAGCGUGUGUCGAAAGCUGCCCUAGACGGCAUCGCGCGCGCCGGCUCCACCGUGCGCUAUUCGUUCGAGUCUCCCGAGCGAGGUUCCCAUCUACCCCCUCUCGCUGCCACGAACCCUGUGCUUCUGAACCGUGCGCGCCUGUCUGCGUCGCCGCGACGCGUCGGUGUCAUCAAGCCGAUGCCGGCCCCCGCCCUCGAAGCGACCACCUCGCCUCCGGCUAAAGCCCCUGAUUCCCCUCGUCUUGAAACGCCACCUCCGGACGCGAUAGAAAGCGUGCCGGUGCCGCGACCAGAGAGAAAAGAUGCGCCACCUUCUGCCUUUGUCGAGCCGAUCCCUAGAACUCCGCCCACUGAAACGGACGUGAAGACUGAUACUAGCGCGUCCCGCGAAACCACCCCAGAGGUGGACCUCAAGCCGGAGCCGAAAGUGACAACGGACGAGUCUAAACCGGCGAAGAAAGCAACGAUGAAUGGUCACGUGACACCGGAGAGAGUCGAGACGAAGACGAAGAGCCUCCGCGCAGCCGGUAUCGAGCGCGCCUGGACCGGUGCCUCCGCAAACUCGGGCGUGGAAGUUGCCUCGGCGGGUCGCAAGCUCCGGCCCGCCGCGCCUGCCGCCACCUCCGUAGUCUUCAACUUCUCCAACCGCAAGGAGGUGCCCGACUACAUUGAGAACGACGGCAUCGUGCUGCGAGCGAGUCGAAGAAACCGCUUUAAGGCGGGUGAAGCCGGCGUGGUAGUCCUCAGGCCCGAGGCGCUGGAGAACUCGUCGGAGGACGAAGAGAGCGAGGAGGACCGCAGACCACCUUCGCCCUGCUCCGUUCGCUUCCUUAACGACAACGUGCUUAUCAACGGACGGUCGUCGAUGCUCUCGCGCACACCGCACCACCGCGUACGCGCAGCCAAGCUAAAGCUACAAUUCGAUGACUCCCUGACGCGCACAUUCGAAUACCCCUCGGAGACUUCCCUCUGCGAGGACUCGCCGCAGAUCGGGCAUCCCGUCUCCCCACUCACUGCCCCGGCGCAGCCCCCGCAGCCCCCACAGCCCCCACAGCCCGCGCAACCCACGCAACCCACGCUAGCCUCCAACACCCAUUUAGACGGAUGCGGUGGGCUCGCGCGCUACACACCCAGCAAAACCCUCGCCGAUGCCUUCCAACUGGGACUCACGCGCACGCACCAACAGGAAGAUCCAGCGUCAGAACAGUCUGAACAAAGCGAGAACAGUUGUAAAGCGGAGGCGGGGGCGGAAGCGGAAGCGGACGUGGGUGACGUGCGGCCGUGCGCCGCUGAGAGCGCGCGCUCUUGGUCCGAGUCGAGGACACACGACACCGACUUGCUCUUCUAA